UUGACGAGAAUUACGUUUAUUAAUGUGUAAUUUAGCCAUGAAAAUUGAUGGAAAGAGAGGCAAAGAUACUUUGAAGAACAGAUAAGAAUGGAUGUGGGUUCCUAAUUUAUAAAUAUCUCAAAAUGGUCUCCCCUCCUCAACAUACCAUGCCCUUCGUUACCCAUUUUUAUUUUCAAAAUCAUCCAAAAGUUUUCUCAAAUUGCAAUUCAACCCCCAAAGUUGACCAUUUCUUAAUAAUAAUGUACUUUUGUCCUAUAAAAUCUCUCAAACCUUCUCCCUUCUUUAUCCCAAAAAGCUCCGUCUUAACCCGAAAGUCAAAAUCAUGCCUUCUUCUCAUCAUCUUCCCUCCACCAUUGCCGCCCUCCACUCCGAUAUCCUCCAGACUCAUAUUCUUACCCGCCUCGACGGCCCUGCUCUGGCCUCCGCCGCCUCUGCCUCCUCCCGCUUCCGCCACCUCUCCGCCGAGGACCAACUCUGGCGUCAAAUUUGCUCUGCCACCUGGCCCUCAACCACUCAUCCCCGUAUCCAGCAAGCCAUCUCCGUCUUCCCUUCCGAACACCGCUCCUUCUUCUCCGACGUAUUUCCCCUGCUCGAUUGCCGGUCGCUUCGUUGCGAUCUCGACCGUUCCCCUUCCUCCGAAUUGAUCUCCGCUGUGGACAUUCAUUACAAGGACAAACCCCUCCUCUCCAAAGUCCACUCCACCGAGACCCACACGAAUUGGUUCCUCUACUCCCCAUUUCGCGUCGACGUAAUCGACCCAAAAGACUCAAUUCCGUUGCCGAUUCGCCGCCGAGAGAAACGCGAAGAUUGGGUAGCUAAUCUAGAGCAAAAUCUAACGGCGAGUUGGAUUGUAAUCGACCCAAUUAAGAACAGAGCAGCAAACGUCUCGAGUAGGCAGGCAGUGAACGUCCGGCGACACUGGUUGUCCGGCGAGAUACAAGUACAAUACACGACGAUGAUGGGCGGCGACAGGAGGGCGGGGUCGAGAACGGAGAUGGUACAGUGCUCGGUGGUGGUGAUUUGCGGCGAGAAAGAAGAGGAUGGGAUGGAAAUGAGCGUUAGAGAGGUGAGUAUGCAGAUUUUGGACAUGGAAGGGAAGCAUUUGAACGGGAAGGAGAGCUCCGGGAUUCUGGGAGAAGCCAUGGAAAGUGGGAAGAGAAUUAAAGAACAGAAAGGGGAAGCGAAAUUGAGGUUCGGAGAAUACGAGGAGCUGAAGUGGAAGAGGAAAGGCCGGAAAGACAGAAUCGAGAAUGCUUUGGAUAUGCUCUGUGUUUUCACCGGAAUCGCCAUUUUUCUGUCUUUCUGCACCUUCUUCAUCUUCUUCUUCACAUAAACUUGAAUUUAUCAUGAUUAAUCUCCCUAAUUAAACCCUAAUCCUUCAUUAUUUUAUUCCAAACAUAUAUUCUUAACAAUA